GAAAUGGCAAUGGGGGUUGUAUUAGGCUGAAACGAGUCGUCGUGGCUUUACGACAAAGCUAUCUCGUUACAGAUGUGCUGAGCCACAUGAAAAUUUUCAAAUCUGUUUCCCGAGAGAACCCGUUUAAUCUUCCCACACACAGCUCCAGGGGAAAUUGCCGUUUAGGGAUCUCGAUUCAUAAGAGACCUUUGGUUAGUUUCUCUUAGAAGCCCCCGGCAUAGAAUCGUCUUCUCAUGUAGUAGCAAAUCCUUGGUGAAAAAUUUGGAAUCUUUCUCUCGUUGUUUUGCUUCUGGGGGAUUUGAAAUGGAGAAGCAGAAUGGGGAGAAAUCUGUAGAUGCUGAUGAAACAAGCCAAAGUCAAUUAGUGGAUGAUGAUGAUUCAAAGGUUGAAACUUUUGAUUGUGCUUUGAAAGCCAUGGAGAAGCAUAAUGACGAGAAAUCUGCAGAUGCUGCUGAAACUAGCCAAAGUCAAUUACUGGAUGAUGAUGAUUCAAAGGUUGGAACUUUUGAUUCUGUUUUGAAAGCCAUGGAUAAGCAGGAUGAGGAGAAAUCUAUAGAUGUUGCUGAAACUAGCCAAAGUCAAUCAGUGGAUGAUGAUGAUUCAAAGGUUGAAGUUUUUGAUUGUGUUUCGAAAGCCAUGGAUAAGCAGAAUGAGGAGAAAACUGCAGAUGCUGCUGAAACUGCAGAAACUAGCCAAAGUCAAUCAGUAGAUGAUGAUUCGAAGGCUGAUACUUUUGAUUGUAUUUCGAAAGCCAUGGAGAAGCCGAAUAAGGAGAGUUCUACAAACGCUGCUGAAACUAGCCAAAGUCAACCAGUGGAUGAUGAUUCAAAGGUUGAAACUUCUGAUUCUGUUUUGAAAGCCAUGGAGAAGCAGAAUGAGGAGAGUUCUACAAAUGCUGCUGAAACUAGCCAAAGUCAAUUAGUGGUUGAUGAUGAUUCAAAGAUUGAUACUUUUGAUUGUAUUUCGAAAGCCAAGGAGAAGCAGGAUGAGGAGAAAUGUACAGAUGCUGCUGAAACUAGCCAAAGUCAAUCAGUGGAUGAUGAUGAUUCAAAGGCUGAUACUUCUGAUUUUGUCUUGCAAUCUACGGAGAAGCAGAAUGAGGAGCUAUCUACAGAUGUUGCUGAAACUAGCCAAAGUCAGUCGGUCGAUGAUGAUUUAAAGGUUGAAACUUUUGAUUGUGUUUCGAAAGCCAUGGAGAAUCAGAAUGAGGAGAAAACUGCAGAUGCUGCUGAAACUAGCCAAAGUCAAUCAGUGGAUGACGAUUCAAAGGUUGGAACUUUUGAUUGUGUUUCGAAAGCCAUGGAGAAGCAGAAUGAGGAGAAAACUGCAGAUGCUGCUGGAACUAGCCAAAGUCAAUCAGUGGAUGAUAAUGAUUCAAAGGUUGAUACUUUUGCUUGUCUUUUGAAAUCCAUGGAGAAGCAGAUUGAGGAGAAAUCUACAGAUGCUGCUGAGACUAGCCAUAGUCAGUUAGUGGAUGAUGGUUCAAAGGUUGAAACUUUUGAUUUUGUUUUGAAAGCACAAGGGUUGAAGGAAGCAGGGAACAAGCUGUUUCAGAAGAGAGAUUAUUAUGGUGCAAUGUUUAAAUAUGGUGAAGCAAUCAAGAUACUUCCUAAGGACCAUGUAGAGGUUUCUCAUGUUCGGGCUAAUAUGGCUUCUUGUUAUAUGCAAUUGGAACCGGGCGAGUUUGCCAAAGCCAUUCAUGAAUGUGAUUUAGCACUUAGUGUUACUCCUGAUUAUAGCAAAGCACUGUUGAAGAGGGCUAGAUGUUAUGAGGCCUUGAAUAAGUUGGAUUUGGCGUUGAAAGAUGUUUGUAUGGUUUCGAAGCUGGAUCCGAAGAAUCCUAUGGCAUCUGAAAUUUCUGACAAGCUUAAGAGAACUUUAGAGGGCAAAGGGUUAACAGUCAAAGAUUCCGUGAUAGAGUUGCCUCCAGAUUAUGUUGAACCUGUUGAGGCUUCCCCUGCACUGUGGGCUAAACUUCGCAAGGCACGAGUGAAGAAACCUAAAAAGAGCAAUCAAGUGCAAGAGAAGAGCGAGGGUGAUAACGUAGAGACAAAGCAGAAGAAUAACAACAAUCUUGCAGCUGAUAAGGGCAAAGAAAAGAUUAUCGAUAAGCAGAAUAAAAAGAAAGUAAAAGGGAAACAGCAGUCGGAGAAGAGAAGUGAUACGAGCAAGGAACAGGAAAAAGUAAUAAUUGAGGAGAAACUUUUGGAGAUAAGUGGUGAAAAUGUAAACAUGGCUGUGAAAUUCGUAUACUCUGAUGACAUAAGAUUGGCUAAAGUGCCUAUAAACUGCACACUUCUUCAACUUAGGGAAGUUGUUCAUGAGCGUUUCCCUGGCUUAAGGGCAGUUCAUAUUAAGUACAAGGACCAAGAAGGAGAUUUAGUGACAAUCACAACAGAUGAAGAGCUAAGAAUGAGUGAGGUGUCAGCAAGGUCACUGAACACUAUGAGAUUUUAUGUAGUGGAAGUUAGUCCUGAGCAGGAUCCCUUUUUUGGAAGAUUAGUUGAGAUGAAGAAGCUCAAAAUAUCCGCUGAUUCUUUUAAGACCAAGGUAAAUGGAAAAGGUGGGUGUAAAGUUGAGGAUUGGAUGAUCGAAUUUGCUCGGCUCUUUAAGAUCCAGGCCGGCGUUGUUUCUGAUACAUGCUUGAAUCUUCAAGAACUUGGGAUGAAACUCAAUUCAGAAGCUAUGGAGGAGGUUGUAACGUCUGAUGCAGCUCAAGGGCCUUUUGACAAAGCAGCUCAGCAAUUCCAAGAAGUGGCAGCACGAUCAUUGUUAAAGUUGGGAAAUGUGCACUUGUCAGGGGCACGAAAAAGGUUGAGCCUCCUACGAGGUGUUUCUGGAGAAUCUGGCUCUGAACAACUCAAAACUGCUUAUGAAUGCGUUCAAAGGGAGCACACAAAAGCAAAAGAAAAGUACAAAGAGGCCAUGAAAAUAAAGUCGGAUUUGUUUGAAGUCUUCCUGGCAGUAGGUCUGCAGCAGUUUGAGGAAGCAAGACUUUCAUGGUACUAUGUGCUUGUCAGUCAACUUGAUUUGAAAACAUGGCCAUAUUCAGAUGUAGUACAGUUUUAUCAAUGCGCCGAAAGCAAUAUCAAAAUCUCUAUGGAAGUGUUGAAAAAUCUGGAAACCAAGCCGGGUAGCUCAACUCAAGAUAACCCCGAAAACGAAGCAGGAAGGCUUAAGUUAAAGUCAAUGGUAGAUGUUUUAUUGUGUACUAUACUGUACGAGAGAUCUAUCAUGGAGUACAAACUGGACCAACCAAUCUGGCGAGAGAGUUUAGAAGCUGCAAUGGAGAAAUUUGAGUUAGCUGGAACUUGUAGGGACGAUGUUGUUGCGAUAAUAAGUGAAGACUAUGUGGCAGGCAAUACAUUACGAGAUCUAAGGUUUCACCUGGAAGAGAUAUUACAUAUAUUUAAUGAGAUAGAUGAAGCAGAACAAUGGAGAAAUGGGAUCUCUUCAGACCAGUUGGAAGAUAUAUUAAACAGGAGGACUGCAAAUAUUUUUCAUAUGUCAAAUACAGGAAUCCAACGUGGUUAAAGUGGCACACAAUGAUUUUGGUCAUUAUGUUGAACAAGCUUCAUUUUAAAGGUUUUGUCUUGUGGUAUAGGAUUUCAAACUCAGAUUUUUGUAGAGAGAAAGAAACAUAUAUAAACGACAUAUAUGUUCUAUUUUGUUUGUGUAACAUUCAUACGGUUGAUUUGGCGAGGAGUGAAGCAAAGAUAUCAUGCAGAUUCUUCUUCAUCUUCUGUCUUAGGGUGAGUUGGGAGUCUUGUGACUAUAUUCAUUGGUUUUGAGUCUUUUGACUCGUAUUUCCUUUGGCGUGAGACAUUCAUACACAACACACCUACUUGAGUUUUACCUUCUUUUUCCUUUUCUUAUGACCUCCACAAGAUUUUGGUGUGGAGUCAGUCAUUCUCUUGUAAUUCGUUGUUACAUAUAAAAUGUAAUGAUGUGUUUGUUGCGAUCAAUUUGCAAUUUGAAUAUGUUUUGAAAAAAGGCACAGCUCAGUUCAGUAAAACAUAAUGUACAAACCAUUUAUUUUAUAUUA